UCCAGAAUCCACGUCUCGCGAGGACUAAGCACACCGGAAGUCACGUGCUACGCGACGCGACGCGUCAGAUGGAGUCUUACGGUCUCAGUGUCAAUUCCCGCCACACAGCGCCACAUACACUACUCGGACUUAAGGGACCGGAGUCGAGGGACGAUCUUGAUGCACCCUCUCACUUACUCUGCUCUCCUUGUUCUUGCCUUGCACUAUCGUCUUGCGGCCAAUCAUAGUAGGCACUACGUCCGACCAAGAUAUUGGAAGAUAAAGUGUUUGCUAGCGUGUACCAAGUCCACCGCAGCCGAGAGCGCAUCUCUACAUGCUAAAAGGUGGACACGGGUCUGCGGCUGCUGCGAUCUUUUGACGUUCAGCGAAACUCGGCGGAGCCGGAUGAGCUAUCUCCCGAACGGCUGUAUUAUUGGGUCGUGACGACCUGGACGCCCUUCGAGCUGCCUGUACCAGAGAUAAUGGCUCCGAGGUGGAAUGCGGCAGGAAGAAUCUCUUACCUGCUGUAGAUACGUU